GCGAUUUUUGGUCACCCACCAUUAUGAUAAGACUCACUUCACGUACCAAAUAUCAGGCUUCUGAAUCCUUCUCCAGCAUUGUAACAUUCUCUUCCGAACAAUAAUGCGGUAGUUCACCUUCUCAAGAACCAUCAAACUCGACUCGAGAGAAACUCAUGGGUGAUCAACGUCCCCAUCUGCUUCGAUUGUGUCGGUGACGAGUUGCGACAAAAUGCCGGUGGCUACAGAGGUGGCCAGCCAGUGGCCAGGCAAAGAGCAGGUGGUCAACGAUGUGCCAAAAGUCAUCAAGGAAUUACAAUUUGGUGUCUUGUCAGACCAGGACAUAAUCAACCAGUCUCAAGUCGAACUUGCAGACCGCCGACUAUUCGACUUGGACAAAGGUCGUUCAUACGCCGAGUAUGGCCCCCUCGAUAGGCGCAUGGGUGUUUCUGGCAAGAGAGAUAUCUGCGCAACCUGCGGAGAGCAAUUGCAGACAUGUAAUGGGCACUUUGGUCACGUUCGGCUUGUUCUGCCGAUCUUUCAUGUGGGAUACUUCAAGAAAGUGAUACAAAUAUUGCAGAGCAUUUGCAAGGACUGUUCCUGCAUCCUUUUGUCAGAAGUUGACCGACGAAAGUUCAUCAGUGCCUUGCGCAGAGCCCAGAACGACAGUCUAAGACAAGCCGCUAUCGUAAGAAAGGUUGCAGAUCAGUGUCGCAAGACCAAGACCUGCUUCGACUGUGGCGCCAUCAAUGGCUUGGUCCGAAAAGCCGGAACAUAUUCGUUGAAAAUCUCUCAUGACAGAUUCAAAUCCUAUAACUCGUCGACUGCUCAAAAGAAGGUGCCACCCCCAGAAAAGGUCGAGUACGAUGCCUCGUUCGACUACGCGAGACGAUCGAAUACCGAGCUCGAAAAGCAUAUCAAAAAGGCUAUGGAUGAUCUGAACCCAUUACGAGUGUUGAAACUGUUUAGACGCAUACGGCAGGCGGAUCGCGAACUCUUAGGUUUGCGGUCUGCGAAACCCGAGUCUUUCCUGUGGCUCUAUAUCCCGGCGCCGCCAGUCUGCAUUCGACCAUCAGUAGGACAAGACGCAGCCAGCACCGAAGACGACAUCACUGCCAAGCUGGGAGAUAUUGUCGCAGCAAAUGCUGCACUCAAGGAGGCUAUUGACAAGGGUGCACCUGUGCAGUCCGUCGUCGAACACUGGGAUUAUCUCUCGUUACAACUGGCUAUGUAUAUUAACAGUGACGUGCCGGGCCUUGCAAAAGGAGAGUUUGGAAAGCAGAUUCGCGGCUUUGUCCAGCGACUGAAGGGCAAACAAGGUCGAUUCCGAGGCAAUCUUUCUGGAAAGCGUGUGGACUUUUCUGGACGUACCGUCAUUUCACCAGAUCCCAAUCUCAACAUUGAUGAAGUCGCUGUGCCAGAACUGGUCGCAAAGAAUAUGACUUAUCCCGAGGUGGUCAAUGAGAUCAACAUUAAAAAGCUACGGGAGCGUGUUCGAAACGGCACCAAAGUGUGGCCCGGGGCCAAUUACGUCUGGAAGAAGGAUGGUGAUUUCCGCAUCUUCCUGAAAUUUGGUAAGCCAGAGCAUGUUGCCAAGGACUUGAAGGAAGGCGAUAUCGUGGAGCGUCACCUCGAAGACGGGGAUGUGGUACUCUUCAAUCGUCAGCCGUCUCUCCACAAGCUCAGUAUCCUGAGCCAUUUCGUCAAGGUCCGGCCGCAUCGUACCUUCCGACUCAACGAGUGUGUGUGCAAUCCCUACAAUGCCGACUUCGACGGAGACGAGAUGAACUUGCAUGUACCUCAAACAGAGGAAGCACGUACCGAAGCCAGACUGUUGAUGGGCGUCAAGCACAAUAUCGUCACGCCGAAAAACGGCGAGCCUAUCAUUUCUGCCAUCCAGGACUUUAUCACGGCUUCUUUCCUACUUAGCAGUCUGGAUCAGUUUUUCGACCGCAAAACAUUCGUCAACAUCUGCAUGGGUAUGUUGGAGCCCGAUGUUAAGUUUGAGCUUCCGCCACCCUCUAUCGUCAAGCCCGAGGCGCUCUGGACUGGCAAGCAGGUAUUCAGCGUGAUGAUGAGACCAAACAAGCAAUCGAAUGUCACUGUCAAUCUAGAUGCUGCAUGCCGAGACUACGACCAAUACCAUCCAGGCCUACAUCGAGAUCUUCAAGACGACAGUUUUCUGUGCAUUCGCAAUUCCGAAGUUCUGUGUGGCAGAAUGGACAAGGGAACAGUAGGGUCAGGAAAGAAGAACUCAGUGUUCUACAUACUCUAUCGUGACUUUGACGCCGAUGCUGCUGCACAAGGGAUGAACCGGCUGUCCAAGCUCUGUGCUCGAUGGCUUGGCAAUCAAGGCUUCACAGUCGGCAUCAGCGAUGUGACGCCUCCCGAGAAGCUUAUCAAGGAGAAGUUCGCUAUGAUUGACAAGAUCUUUGACGAAUGCAAAGGAUUUGUGAAAGCUUCCAAGGAGAAGAACUUGAAGAGAAAGGCAGGAAUGGAUGACGCAGCUUCACUUGAAGCCGAGCAAGUCCGAGUACUCAGUACCGUGCGAACAGAAAUCGCUAAGAGCCUGACGAAACAACUCAGCAAGAGAAAUUCGCCCAUGGUCAUGGCCAUCUCUGGCUCCAAAGGUUCCAACAUCAACGUCACGCAGAUGGCUGCUCUGCUCGGACAACAGGAUAUUGAGGGAAAGCGUGUCGCAGAUGGAUUCCAGGACCGUACAUUGCCUCAUUUUCCCAAGCAUCAAAGAUCGCCACCUUCGAAAGGGUUCGUCUCGAACAGUUUCUUCAGCGGUCUGCUACCAUACGAAUUCUUGUUUCACGCUGUCGGUGGCAGAGUUGGUUUGGUCGAUACGGCUGUCAAAACAGCUGAAACCGGGUACAUGUCAAGACGAUUGAUGAAAUCCCUUGAAGAUCUAUCCACCCAAUAUGACCACACUGUACGAAACUCAGCCUCGAACAUUGUACAAUUUCGCUUCGGUGACGACGAGCUUGACCCUGUCGACAUGGAGGCAACUGCCCAACCUGUCGACUUCGAGCGCACCUACACUCAUGUUGAGGCGACCACCUUUGACAUGACCGAGCCUGGUCUCAGCGACACGGACAUCUUCGCCGUCAUGGAGGAGAUUUUAGCCCCGGAACGGGAAAAAUGGACCCGCAGCGAUCCCAGUACUACUGAGCUUGGCUACGCCACAGACGAUGACAGACUUGUUGACCAAGAGGAAAGCAAUCGGGCUUUCUUACAAUCUAUUCAUGACUUCGUCAUGGGCAAAGCGCGCUCUUUCGAGCUCUCAAGAUCGCAAAAGAAAGCAUUUGCCAUACCUCCGGCCAGAAGCUCUAGCGCAGGCAAGAGAAAGGCAGAUGCCGAAGCCGACGAAGUGGGCGUCGACUCAUCUGCCACACCAGCACGACGAUCCGGGAGGAAGAGUGCAACUACCACGACGGCGCCGCCAAAAGGUGGCAAGAAACAAAAGAAUGUCUCAGACGACGAUCAGGCCCUAGCAAGAACCCAGGCCCCUCCAUCCACGAGUGAUCGGUUUGAAUUAACAUCCAAGCUCUCUGAGACGACUUUGCGAGAUUUCGUCGACCGUUGCCUGGAGAAAUAUAAAAAAGCCCAGGUCGAACCAGGCCACGCUGUUGGAGCCGUUGGUGCACAGUCAAUCGGCGAACCGGGUACUCAAAUGACGCUCAAGACUUUCCAUUUUGCCGGUGUUGCAGGUAUGAGUUUGACCGCCGGUGUGCCUCGUAUCAAGGAAAUCAUCAACGCAUCCAAGGACAUCAGCACUCCAUUGAUUACCUGUCGACUGGAGCGCAGGAGUGACCUUUCGAUCCCCGAGUCUUUUGGAAGAAUCGUCAAGGGUCGCAUUGAGAGUUUGUACCUGGAAGAUAUCACAGAGUACAUCAAGAUUGUCCACUCUCGGACCAAGCCGAGCUGCAUCGAACUCAAGAUUUCGACGGAUACCAUCAAUGACUUAGCUCUAGACAUCACGCUCCAGGAUGUCGGUGUUGCCAUCCAGAAACACCGCCAGUUGAAAGCGGCGCAGCUGCGCCUCCGUAUGACAGGCAAAGACAAGCUGAAGAUCUCGACUGACACUCCCAUCAAGUCUAUCAAGCGUGGCGCUGCGGCCAAGGCAGCCGAUGAGGAGGGCCAGAGCGAGCGGCUGGUUCGUCUUCAGACUCUUCGGCGUAUUCUGCCGGCUGUGCAUAUCCUUGGCCAUCCGCAGGCGACUAGAGCAGUGGUCAUGGCCGAAGACGAUCCCAAAUCCGAGGAGAUCAAGGCCCUACAGGCACACGCGAAGCGCAUCAAAGCAGAGAAAGACGCUGCCCAGGCUUCCAUGGUCUCUUCCACAGAACCCGAGGUCAAGGCUGAAGCCGACGGAUCGGCCAAAGUCAAAGUGAAGGAAGAAGAACCCGCACUUUCUGAUAUGCCCAAGCCCAAACCGGCAGACGGCAAGCCGGUCCAAAUGCACAAGGUCAUGGUCGAAGGUUACGGCUUGCGCUACUGCAUGAACACCGAGGGUGUAGAUGCGUACCACACCCAGACCAACUCUGUCGUCGAGACGUUGCAGGUGUUGGGUAUCGAAGCUGCACGCUCAAAGAUCAUCCUCGAAAUCCAGGAAGUCAUGAAGUCUCUAUCCAUUGAUCCACGACAUAUGGCUCUCCUUGCGGACGUGAUGACAUACAAGGGUGAGGUUCUUGGUAUUACGCGAUUUGGCCUAGCCAAGAUGCGUGAUAGUGUGCUUCAACUUGCCAGUUUUGAGAAGACGGCGGACCACGUCUUUGAUGCGGGUAUUGCUGGCAAGGUCGACAAGAUUGAGGGUGUCAGUGAGUCGGUCAUCGUGGGAAAGACUAUGAACAUCGGCACUGGAAGUGUGGAGGUGGUGAGAUAUUUGAACGUCGAUGGUAAGGAUAAGGGGAAGAGACCGACGGUGUUUGAAGAUGCUUGGAAUAAGACGUCUGGCAAAGAGCGCCGGAAGAAGCAAUGAGCUGCAGUCUGAUGUUCCAGCGCUUCAGAAGACGAAAACGAGUCACGAAAUAGAGCUACCUACAUAGCGAUGGUGCCAAAUAUUCACCACUGUUGAAAUGUGAUAUAUCACAUCUGAGUUCUUGAGAUUUUUGUUAGCAUUCCUUGAACACCGAAUUAUGUCCAGAUGGCCUUAGGAGCCUCUGACAUGGAGGGCCUUCAGGAC